AUGUCUGCCGAUACCCCCAGUCCGACCUACAUAUCCUCUCGGUCCGCAGAUGUUGUGCUGUCCGACGUCAGGCCCAUAAAGCUGAAAAUCGAGGCGCUCCGUUGCAUUAACGUUCUCCUCGACGAGAUUCUGUGGAGCAUCCUCAACGCGUCGCGUUCCUUGACCACGGAUCAUUUAAACGCCGGUUUGCGUCGCGUUUUGCCCACGUCGCUGGGAAAGGAGGCGCUCUUGGAAGCUGAGGUCGAACUCCGGGCUUACCUGGAAAGGACGGCCUCCAACGGAUCUACGGCCGGGGAGGAUGCAGAGACAUUCGAUCUACAGUAUGCCUUUGAGUUGCUGCGCCUCAAAUGUGAAGCAUACUCCACUCUUAACGACUCCGACGAGGACCCAGACGCCGAAAGAAGCCUGCAAGAGCGUAUGAUUCGCGCAGGCAGCGUGUCCCCCCCGAAACCGCAUUUGGUCGCACAGGCAGCGUUAUACCUCACGGCAAUCCUAGAGGCGGUCUGCGAGCAUACCCUGGGGAUUGUUGGCCGAGUUGCUGCCCGAGACAGCAGCCGAAACGUCGCAACAGUGCAGGACUUAUUUGUUGCGCUUUGCGAGGAUGACAGCAUGUACGGUUUGUUCAAGAGCAUGAAAGUAUACGAGCAGAUUGAGGCCUUGUCUAAGAUGCCUCAACCGCGACGUAGCAAGUCCUUUUCGCGUAACGGUGAUCGCAAUGCCUCUGUUGGACGGAAUUCUCCUUCCCAAGAUCUCAGCCGGUCGAAUGGACGUGCCCGUCUAUCGAGUGAUUCGUCAAGGUCGGGAAAGACAGUCCCUACCUCCCAUGGCGCUGCUAGCCCGCCGACAAGGACAUCCUUCGAGAAGGCAAGGGCCCUGAAGAUGUUAAUACAGCAUAAUCGCGGUGCCUCCGGUAGCGAGCAGCCCAACAAUUCCGGUGACAGAAACCACAGCAUGUCGGAAUCCAUCGUCAGCGACGAGACAAGGCAGAUGUGGCAGGCUUUCGAAGGAAAUCAGAAUGUUACAGCAGAUGCGCCAGUGGAGUUGCAGAGCGAUUUCGAUGAUCUCAUGCGAUCCGGGUCUACGAUGAAAAUGUCGUUGACUCCUGACCGCUUGAGAAGCAUGGAGAUGUACAAGCAAGAGCGCAAUCAACGUGGAGUCAAACGGGUACCUCCGCCCGGUAUGGAUUUAGCCACCCAGGAAACCAGCGAGGGCGACACCGGCACACCGUCACCGACACCGAAGCGUCCGCUCGGGGGAAGGCGGCCCGUGACACGAGUUGAUUCUAUUCGGGAAGACGAAGAAGAGAAGGACGGAUCGCAGGCCCCGCAGAGUAUAAAUGUUCUGCCAUCGUCCGUCCGUCCGCGUCAGACCAGCAUGCAUCCCACGGCGGGGCCCACGAGAAAUGCACCCCCAGACCUCGCUCAGCCCGUUCUCACGGACCCGCCUCCGAGGUCUCGAUCAUUCUCAGCCUCUGCUAACCUUAUGCCUAGACGCGGACCUAACGAUUCUGCGCCGCCGGUGCCUGCUACACCUCAGAAGCUUCGGCCUAGCCCCACCCAGAUUAAAACUUCCACAUCAGAUUCCUCGGGGAUGCCAAAGCGCAAACAUAAGGUUGCUCAGAACCGUGAAUCUAUGGACCUCGACGAUAUCAUGGGCGGUGGUGACUACGACGAGGAGGUGGUGCCGCUGUCCAGGUCAGCUACUACAACUCCUGGCAGGAAGGGUCCGGCAACACCGAAGCCGGGGUAUAUCAGCAAGAACACCCAGGACCUCAUCGAUUUUCUGUCCUCGGGUCCUCCUGAUGCAGAUAUCCCCGUGAUGCCCAAGACAGCUACUGCUGCCUCGUUUGACACCCGUAAGACCAAGACGGGACGAUUGCAACGUAUGGUGUCAGGAAUUCUGUCCAGCAAAGCCUCGGCGGAACGCCUGUACAGGAACAAUGACGAUGCAAGAUCGUCUCCGAGAAGCAUAGGCCUGCCUCCGGUUUCUUAUCCUACACCUCCGAAGCCGUCUUCUCUAUCGUCUGCAUCGAAAGUGUCGCUGCAAAAUGUGACAGUGGUUACCAAACCGCCGCGGCCGCCGUACAUGGCUCCGCUGUCUCCUCCAUCAUCCCCGUCGCAGCUGUCAUCCGAAGAUUUGACCAUGUCGUCACCACCGACGUCUCGAGUGCAGCGAGAGGUAUCCCACCGCAAAGCCGUGCCUAGAUGGCAACCCUCGGAUGACGACAUUGGUACUACCGCCAAGGCGAGCACGAAUGGGCGCACGCGAUCCGCGACCAUGCCCGCGGGCGAGCAACCAUCUCCAACGAUCGAGGCGCCUUUACCCCCUGCAUUGCCGACGAAAGCACCGCCUUCUGCAGCCUCUGUAGGCAACGACAGCCCGUUGGGCAGCCCCGCGUCGACGCAUCACAGGACAGUUAUCACUGAUAGUGAAGUCCCGAAACUUCCUAUCAAGAGGAAAGAGAAACGUGCAUCCCCGACUGCUUUGACACCUGCAAGCGGCACAGCUCCCACGCCGGCACCCGUAUCAGAAGCAGAAAAGCCUGUCGAGGACGCAGCCGCUGCUUCUCCGCCCUCCACAGACGAUCAAACUGCCAGCAGUGCUAAUAAUACCCCGAUCCUGUCUCAGCAGGAAGCCCAUGACUUGCGUAAACUGCUCUCGAAAGCAGCCACUGCUGACGAGUGCAGAUUACUGGUCGACAUAUUCCUGGGCAAGUCCGGCGUGCUCAACGCACCUACAGCGAACACGGACACCGACGUACCUUAUCCCUCGCCCAGUCCUUCCGUCGUUCGCCACAGACCCCAGACUCCUCCCAAGCCUUUAUCCAUCCUGGAAGAUGAUCUACAGAACUCGAUUGUUGGAUUGUUGCUCGCGGAUGCAUGA